AAAGACUGGGCUAGAAUUUCGCCGAUACGUAUUUACAUGGUUAUAGCGGACAAUCAUCUUGUCAAUAUAAUAAAUCAUCUUUUGUAUUCAUCCUGCAAUCUACCUUGAUAAUGGUAUGAUUAACAUGAUGAGUUAAGUGUAGGCUUUAUCCUGUGGAAGCGAUUUCUUGUGCAAAAUAAAAUACUAAUUUAAACUCAUUACAAAGACCACCCCCCGGCCGCAGGGUAAUUUACUGAAUCGUUUACAAGUUUCAACAAGAGGGUGGAACAUGUGUUUCAUGAAGUCUAUCGACUGAUUUUGAGGAAAGCUAGUGUCCGUUUAACUGCAAGACAACCUUUUUUAACACGGCCCGACACAAAUGUUACAUGGGUAUAGCAAAGUCGUGUGUGUGAGAGUCCUGUCUGACAUUGGUAAAGACUCUUCUGCUCUCCACCCCCAGUACUUGAACAAAGAUAUAAGCACCAGAGCAGUGAUUUCACAAGAGGAAGCAGUAGCAGACCAGAGUGAGAGAAGAAACUAUGGCAGAGAACAAGAUGGGGCAAAACAUUGGGGCUGGGGCUGGAAUUCUUGCCAAACGAGUACAAAAGUCAUUGAAUCGCGCUCAGGAAAAGGUCAUGCAGAAGCUGGGGAAGAACAUGGAGACUAAAGAUGAACAGUUUGAGCAGUACUCCCAGAACCUUCUCAAACAACAGAAUGAUGGGGGAAGACUAUUCAAAGAAGUCCAAGCGUACUUCCGUGCAGUGAAAGUGAUGCAUGAGACAUCCAAGCGACUGUCCCAGACGUUAAGAGACGUCUACGAACCUGACUGGCAGGGAGGAGAGGACCUGUCUGUCAUCAUGGAGAGUGAGGACUUGCUGUGGAACGAUUACGAAGAGAAACUAACAGACCAAAUAGUCCGCACCAUGGAGAAUUACACUGGCCAGUUUCAUGAAGUCAAGGAACGAUUGGCCAAACGCGGUCGGAAGCUAGUAGACUACGAUUCCUCACGUCACCACUUGGAGGCGCUGCAGAAUGCCAAGAAGAAAGACGAUGCCAAAAUCACAAAGGCAGAGGAGGAGUUCAACAUAGCCCAGAGUGUGUUUGAGGAAAUCAACAAAGAGAUGAGGGAGGAGCUUCCUGUUCUCUAUCAAAGCCGGAUUGGCUGUUACGUGACCGUCUUUCAAAACAUUUCCAACCUGAGGGAUGUCUUCUAUAAGGAAAUGAGCGUGCUGAACCAUGAGCUUUACAGUGUGAUGAAGAAGCUGGAGAGUCAGCAUUCAGGAAAAGCGUUCAUCAUCAAAGGCCUCAACAGCACCAAGUCCAAGAAGAAGAAAUCCCUGCUCAUCUCAGCACCCAUCCCCUGUAACACUGCCUUCCCCUCGGACCACACAUCCCUCCAAGCAUCUGCAGCCCCCGAAAACAGCAAAGAGACUGUCCUGUCCAGCCACGAGACCCACACCCAGAGCAUCUCUGAGAAGCGCGUUUCCCUCGCAGGAGAGGCAGAUGAGGGCACUCACAGCGUCCUCACGUCAGAAACGUCCGACUUCUCAGACGAGCUUAGCUCCAACGGCGCUGCUACGCCCAACAGACGGUCGGCGUGUGACAGCGACAACGGGGUCGGAAGCGACGUCGCGUCAGAGGGUCUGAGUGAUGUCCCAGAGGGUGGGGUUUCAGAGGAGCAGGGCCCUAGCCAAUCCGUCGGAAAAGGGCAAGUUCAAAGGUCAGAGGUGACUGGGUGUGAAGUCACAAUCAGUCAGGAGGCUCUUCCAAUGUCCACAGAGAGCGACGGCCCACAUGACACCGAGCAGGAGAGUGCGCCUGUAUCUCCAGAGAAUGGUAAAGCCCCACCUCGUCCUGCUCCACGCUGCUCCUUCCCCUCCUCUGAGAGGCACUCCUUCCCUCCUGCGGAGGCCAGGCAGGUGGAGACGAAGGUGGAGGAGGGAGAAGGGGCUUCCCAGACCCUGCAGGGAGUGGCGCUGGAGGGUCACGCUUCAGAAGACGGGACGCUGCAGUUUGACGUGGAAGAUGUGAUUCUCAUGUUCGCUGACGCAGAGGAGAAGGAAAUGGCUUCCUGGAUUCCCCCAAGUAGCUGAUUGGUCGGCCCCAUUGCAGAUUGGCGCUCUGAUCCCGCCCUCUCGUCAGGAGAUACAGCUGUCUGCAAUUACUGACUCCUUCUGCAGCUUGAAAAGACAGUGUUCCUUUGUCAGGAAGAGAGAACUUAUUAGAUGUCCUGUGUUGGUUGUUGCUUAGAGACAGUGUUGUUGUAAAGUAUUACUGUUGUUGUUGUAAAACAUUACUUUAUUACUUUACUUUACCGCUACUUCUGAGGUAUGUGUGUGCCAAUAGAAUUGUGUUUUUGAUUAUUGAAAUUGUGCACUUUAAGUUUGUAUUAUUCUGUUUCAGUUCUUUCCAGGUGGGAAGGGGAAGGCACCUUGGGAGUGCUUAGGCAAGAGGCCUGUGGGCAUACAUAUACCCUUAGUAUGUACUCUGUCUAUGCACACGAGGUAAGACCUGGGCGGCCCACCCCUGUAUUUUGGUUAGUGCUUCAGGUGGCGUUAAGUUUAGGUAAGUCGUGGGUAAGGUAGGAGAGGGGACUCUAACUUUUACUUUCUUUGCUUUGGUUCCAUCCAGCCCCUUUUCCCCACAUGAAUCAAAAUUAAAUCAAAUGUAUUUAU